CUCCGCUGAAACCAAUCCCAGCAUUUCCUGCAGCAAACUACAAAGCCUCAACCUGUGCGAGCUGCUGACAGACAUGUGUCCACAAAGGACCCAGAGAGAGAAACACUUUGAUUCGAUGCAUUGUGGUGGAAAAAGAUGGGCAGCGCGGGGAGGGAAACGGGUUCACUCUCUGAUUUGAUGGAUAUUUCUGACGCAAAAAGAUACCUUGGAGGUGAGAAAACUUUGCGCGGCAAUGUUGCAGAUGUGAGAGGUGUGAGAAGCAGACUGUAAUCACCAGAGACCCAAGGAAACACGAGAGGUGGUAAAAGAGGCAGAGGAGCAAGAAGAGGAAAGAAGAGAGAAACGGUGACAGUGUUGCGAGGAGAAGAAGAGGUUUGAAGGCUGUGAGGCGAGAUGAUGCUGAUGAUAGGCUUACUUCUCCUCGCUGGAUGCGGUCGCGCAGCACUGCAUGAACUUGAGAGGGAACCAGCCUAUUGGGAUGCUCAGGCCAGGGCAACACUGGAUGCUGCGCUGAAACUCCGCCCUCGGGACCAUCAGGCCAAGAACCUCAUCCUGUUCCUCGGCGACGGGAUGGGUGUGUCCACAGUGUCAGCAGCUCGGAUCCUGCGCGGUCAGAUGGAGGGCAGAUCAGGGGAGGAAACAAUGCUGGCCAUGGACACCUUCCCAUAUGUGGCCUUGUCGAAGACCUACAGUGUGGAUAAGCAGGUAGCGGACAGUGCUAGCACAGCUACAGCCUACCACUGCGGAGUGAAGGCCAACGCUAAGACAGUGGGACUCAGCGCCAUGGCGGUGGCCUACGAGUGUAACACAACGUUCGGUAACGAGGUCUACUCUGUGCUACGACGUGCUAAAGCACAAGGUAAAUCAGUUGGCGUUGUCACCACCACCCGUGUCCAGCACGCCUCCCCGGCUGCAGCUUACGCCCACUCUGUCAGCCGCAGUUGGUACAGUGAUUCAGAUCUUCCGUCCAGCGCCCGUAGACAGGGUUGUGUCGACAUCGCAACCCAACUGGUCACCAACGUUGACAUUGAUGUGAUUCUGGGGGGAGGGCGGAUGUACAUGACACCAAAAGGCACCCCGGACCCUGAAUACCCGACCUCAACCUCUCGCAAAGGGGACCGCAAAGACAAGAGAAACCUUAUCGACCUGUGGCUGAAGGCUAAACCCAACAAGAAGUCACACUAUGUUUGGCACAGGAAGGAGUUUGACGAGAUAAAUGUUAAGACUACGGACCGGUUGAUGGGUCUGUUUGAGCCAAAGGACAUGAGAUUUGAGGUUUUCCGAAACAACACACGUGACCCCUCCAUUGUGGAGAUGACAGAGAAGGCCAUACAGAUCCUCAGCAAGAAUCCCAAAGGAUACUUCCUGUUUGUGGAAGGAGGGAGAAUCGAUCACGGCCACCACGACGGCAUUGCCAAGCUGGCACUGACAGAAGCUGUGAUGUUUGACCGAGCCAUUCAGCGAGCAGCACACCUAACCAGAGAAUCGGAUACUCUCACUGUGGUCACUGCUGACCACUCCCACGUCUUCACUUUUGGUGGCAACACACCCCGAGGGAAUCCCAUCUUUGGUCUGGCACCGAAGAAAGCCGAUGACAAAAUGCCUUUCACCAGCAUCCUCUACGCCAACGGCCCUGGUUACGUCCACAUAAAUGGAACCAGAGGGAACAUCACAAUGGUGGAUUACUACGAUGAGGAGUACAUGCAGCAGGCUGCCGUCCCAUUGGAUGCUGAGACACACGGCGGGGAAGAUGUGGCCAUCUACGCUAAAGGCCCAAUGGCUCACCUGUUCCACGGGGUUAAAGAACAGAACUAUGUGGCGCACGUGAUGGCCUACGCUGCCUGUUUGGAGCCCUAUAGGAAGUGCCCGCCCCACCCCCACAGCCACACCUCAAGUGGGAGUGCCAACACACCCUCGACCCUCCUGUUUGGCCUUCUUGGUCUCCUCUGUCUACUCAGAUGACCCCAAUAACAAACAAACUCAGACAGUACAUUGUAUGCCUGCAGCAAUACAGACACUUUAUGCACUAAACAUAAAUACAAACACAUUCACUGUAUGCACACAGGAUGGCAAGUCUCAAUGCAGGGAUAAAUCAUAGCAGUACUGUACGUGUCGACAGAGUUAUACUUGCAUACAUGCUGAUCACAGAGCUAACAUUCACAUGAGCUUCUGACCUAAAGUGCAUGAAAAUUCCAGGUUUAAACACGCAUGUAGUGGCUCUUAUUUAAAUGCAAACAAACAAACAGGCAGAGGUUGCAGACUAGAACAAAAGAAGAUAUGCAAACAUGAACCUUCAUUCAGUUUUUAGAUCAUUUAUUACUUAACUAUUUACUCUGAAAUGACUACUAACUUGCACUAAUUAGUUCAUCAUUAGCCUACAAGGUUUGUGUCCUCUUCUUAUUCUCUACAGCUAAUAUUCAGACUCUGCUAGCAUUCUGCAUGUUCAGAGCUAUCAAACAUUUGCAAGGAGCUGUAAUGUGUUAGUUACACAUUCAUCUGAGGCUUGAGCCAGUAUAACUUGAAAUAAGCCAGCAGGCUGAGGGCUCACCGUUCAGUCAUGAUCGUCACUGUCCAUAUGGAACAUAUGACUUCAUGACAGUAACACAGAGCUGAACUACGAGCCACUGUGCCGAGCUGCGACACCCGCAGACCUUACGAGAAAUCAUAAAAAUGCUGUACCUCUUUCAGGACUGAGAAAUAUGUAGCUUUAAGAUUUUUUAUUACAUUUGUAUCUUGACCUCAUUGGUUCCAAAUAGCAAAAUCUGUUUUCUGUCUGAUCAUCUGUCACUUGAUAUAUAAACUAUUUGGAUUGUACAUGAAUGUAUUUUGUAAGCAAAUAUUGUCGAUUAUCGUUGUAUUUUUAUACAGUGUUUUUGCAAAUGUCACUUAAAUAAGGAUGAAAAAUAUCAUUUUCAUUUCUUGGUGGUUUCUACAAGGUACACCUCUUUCUGGAGGUUUUCCUGUCUGUCACUUUGACUCAGGGUUUCACAUUCAAUCAAGUUUGUCAUAUGGAUUUUCUCUAACAUGUAUCGAACAUUAAAGAGGUCUGGCAUGUAACACCUUGUUUUAUGGCCUCUUUAGAUUCAUAAAGAAAAAGCUGUUUCUCUCAUGGCCAAGCCAAGUGAUCUUUUUCUUCUUUUUCUUCUUCUUCUUCUUUUACUGGCAGCUG